AUGGAUGUGAUCUGCUGUAAAUCAGUAGGAACUGAUCUGUCCAUGCUGGAUAUUGAGGAUUUCAUCAGUGAAAUCUGUCAGCUGAAGAAAGAGGUGGCGUCACUGGAGGCAAAGCUGAGAGAAAGAGGAGACAAACCCAACAGAGAGGAUCUGGAGAAGGUUUCAGUGUGUGUGACUGAUGGGACAGAAGCUCAGGAUUCAGUCUGGAGAUCCAGAGACACACAGGAUUCAGAGCUAAACCUCAGUUUUCUCUGUUAUACUGACGCUCAGGAUCAUGGAUCCACUGAUCAAACCUCUGACUGUAACGCUGGAGAACAGCAGAUGCUGCAGACGCCGCUGAAGAUGUGCUCCGUCAAACUGGUGGACUGCAGGAACCUGAUAGAGAGCAGAGGAGAAAAAACCACAGCAGAGGAACAACAACAGAGAAAUGAGGAGGAGGAGGAUGAUGGGAUUGAUGAUUAUAAUGAGGAGGAUGAGGAUGAAGAUCAAAAUGAUGAUGACUUCAUUCUUUCAGAUGACAACGCUGGUUCAUCUUCUGAUGGAGAAACUGCCUCUACAUCCAAACAGCGACAGACAAGGAAGAGUUUCUCCUGUGGAAAAACAUUCAGCAAACAGGAAAAUUUAGUGAGGCAUGAGAGAAAAAACACAGAACAGAAAGAUUUCACCUGCAAGAUAUGCGACAUCAGCUUUCCUACCUUAGAAGAGAGAAGACUUCAUUCAAAAGAGCACAAGAAGAAAAUGUUUAAUUGUAGUCAAUGUGGGGAGAAAUUUAAUUCCUCCUCUAGUCUCAGACAUCAUAAGAAGAUACACAGUAGCGGAAAACCUUUCCAAUGCAGUGAGUGCAACAAAUAUUUCCGCACCAAAGGACAUCUUUCAUGUCAUAAGAGAUACCACAGGGAGAAAAAGCUGCACCAGUGCCCUCACUGCGAGAAGAGCUUCAACAAUGGAUCCCUUCUGAAGAACCAUCUACUCAAACACACCAAUAAGGGGCAGUACCAGUGCACUCACUGUGAGAAGAGCUUUAAUCUCAGAUCAGCUCUAAAGAAACAUCUACUCGUACACUCCAGUGAGAGGCCGUAUCAGUGCAGUGAAUGUGGGAACACCUUUAAGGACUCAACUUCUCUGAAGAUACACCAAAAAAUACUGGAUAGCAUCAUGUCGAGAAGACGCUGUACUCUACGAUGUGAUGGUAAAGCCACGUUUUUUUCUCUGCCCAAGGACGAGCAUGUGAAGAAUCAGUGGUUAAAGUUCAUCUUUACAAAGACACCACAGCAGUAUAGCCCAAACCUUGUGCUGUGUUCCCGUCAUUUUACUGACGACUGCUUCCUCAACUUGAAUGCGUUCAACGAGGGAUUCGCAAGCCGGUUGUUAUUGAAGGAUGGAUCAGUACCCAGUUUAUUUGAACCAGCUUCUUCCUCCAAAGAAUCACAACCUAUGUUGAGCAUGAAAGCGCAGAUGGAUGUGAUCUGCUGUAAAUCAGUAGGAACUGAUCUGUCCAUGCUGGAUAUUGAGGAUUUCAUCAGUGAAAUCUGUCAGCUGAAGAAAGAGGUGGCGUCACUGGAGGCAAAGCUGAGAGAAAGAGGAGACAAACCCAACAGAGAGGAUCUGGAGAAGGUUUCAGUGUGUGUGACUGACGGGACAGAAGCUCAGGAUUCAGUCUGGAGAUCCAGAGACACACAGGACUCAGAGCUCAGCCUCACUUUACUGUGUUAUACUGACGCUCAGGAUCAUGGAUCCGCUGAUCAAACCUCUGACUGUAACGCUGGAGAACAGCAGAUGCUGCAGACGCCGCUGAAGAUGUGCUCCGUCAAACUGGUGGACUGCAGGAACCUGAUAGAGAGCAGAGGAGAAGAAACCACAGCAGAGGAACAACAGCAGAGACAUGAGGAGGAGGAGGAGGAUCAAUAUCAGAAUAAUGAAGAUCAGGAUGAUGAUGAUGAUGUCUUUGUUCCUUCAGAUGACAACGCUGGUUCAUCUUCUGAUGGAGAAACUGCCUCUACAUCCAAACAGCGACAGACAAGGAAGAGAUUGUCCUGUGGAAAAACAUUAAGCAAACAGGAAAAUUUAGUGAGGCAUGAGAGAAAACACACAGAACAGAAAGAUUUCACCUGCAAGAUAUGCGACCUCAGCUUUCCGACCUUAGAAGAGAGAAGACUUCAUUCAAAAGAGCACACCGUGAAGAAGGAGUUUCACUGCGAACAGUGUGGGAAGGAUUUUUUCACCACUCCUUAUAAUAUGAGAGCUCAUAUAAACACACACAGCAAAAAGACUUUACAAUGCAACGUGUGUAACAAGUAUUUCCGCACCAACCAACAUCUUUCAAGUCAUAAGAGAAUCCACACGGGCGAAAAGCCGUACAAGUGCCCUCAUUGCGAGAAGAGCUUCAGCCAGGGAUCCCAUCUGAAGAGCCAUGUACUCAUACACACCAAUGCGAGGGCAUACCAGUGCCCUCACUGCGAGAAGUGCUUCAACCAGAGACCCCAUCUGAAGAGCCAUCUACUCAUACACAGCAAUGAGAGGCCGUAUCAGUGCCCUCACUGUGAGAAGAGCUUCAACCAGAGAUCCAAUCUGAAAACCCAUCUACUUGUACACUCCAGUGAGAGCCCGUACCAGUGCCCUCAUUGUGAGAACAGCUUCAAACAGGUAUCCCAUCUGAAGACCCAUUUACUCGUGCACACUAAUGAGAGGCCGUAUCAGUGCAGUGAAUGUGGGAAAAACUUUACAAACUCAACUUCUCUAAAGUUACACCAAAAAAGACACACUGAUGAUAAACCAUAUAAGUGUUCACACUGUGAGAAACGUUUUCAUCAUUCGACUCACCGGAAAAUCCAUGAGAGGAUUCACACCGGAGAGAAACCGUACCUGUGCUCCUACUGUGGGAAGAGCUUUGCUAGUCCAUUUUAUUUCAAAGUUCAUCAGAGAGUUCACACUGGAGAAAGACCGUAUCAUUGUAGUGAUUGUGAGAGGGGUUUUAUGAACGCCAGUGACUUAAAAACACACCAGAGAACUCAUACGGGAGAAAAGCCUUUUAAAUGCUCACAUUGUAACAAGGCUUUUGCUCGUUCAAGUGCCAUGAAGGUCCAUGAGCGAAUGCAUACAGGAGAGAAACCUUACCGCUGCUCCAUCUGCGGUGAGAGAUUCACUUUUAAAUGGGGUCUUCAGAGUCACAAGAAGAAACACACUGACCCAGAAUCAUCAUAGCUUCAACAUGUAAUUUUUUUAGGUUGCGUAAAAAACAACCUGUGUUACAGGAACUUUUUAUUUUAUGGUUGUAAAACUAGAAUGUGUCCAGAACAGGGGUGCUCAAACCUGCUCUUGGAGGGCCACUGUCCUGCAGUGUUUAGCUCCAUCUCGUAAAUAAAACCCUACUUCUCUGGUUUAGCCACCAGAAUUUCAAGGGUCUGCUUCCUUUUGUUUUGCUGCAUGUCUCCAAAGUCCUUUUCAAGGGUAGUCUGUUCACUCUGUGGCCAUAUUUUCAAUGCCUCCAGGCAGCUAUUUCGGCCAUCCAAGACCAAGUCCUAUCUAUUUGAACGUGGGAAUCCUGAAAUCUCAAAAACUGCUUGGCGAACUCAAAUCAGCAACAACUUUUGACAUGAACUGUCCCAUAAGUGCUGUUUCUUAUGCUCAAAUAGCGUUAAAAAAGCUUAUUUUUCAGGCUAGAGAAGCUACUGCGCAUGUGCAGUCCUAAGCGCGAGUCGCAGGUUUCUAUGGGAAACGGAGCUUCUAACUGCAGCUGGAGUGACGCAAUGACUUUAUCAAUACGCGAUUGGCUCUUUUACUUAGAAGGUAGAAUUGCAUCAAAUGUGUGGAAAUGAUGACUCUACCAAUUGACCGUGGAUUAUGGACAGAGCACCCUUCACGACCUUGAUUAAUGAUGGGUACAUUGAUGAUUCAAAGACAUGGGCCCAAUAAUCCAACAUGUCAUCCCGUUCUCUGAAAGAGGCCAAGCAGGGAUCCAUAUUGUACCUCACAAUUUAAAGGUCUACAUCACUCCCUGUUGCUGUGAGAUGUUGCAGCAUGGUGGUCAGCUUCCUCAGAUGGAUCCCAGCCUGUAAGUGGCCUCUGAGAGUGGGAUCGAGGGCAGACAGUGAUCACAAGACUGAACUCUCUAAAGGAAACUUCUGCUAAGGUAAAGGCCAGAGGUUACAAGGGGCAUAGCCAUAAUUUCAAAAAUGAGGGGGACAGAAUGUCAAGUGUUAUACCAGUUUUUUUUCUUGCCUUUUUAAUCUUCAUAAACUGCUCAAGCUUCUUGCAGCCUCUGCUGAAGAAACAAGGAUCAACCUUGAAAGUGUUUCCACUUGGUAAAAGAGUUGGCAUCAUAUUCUGAAGAGUCCCUGCAGUCUCAGUAGUUGACUGAUAAUUACACUUUGACUUUAAAUAUUGCUAUUUGCACUCUCAGUGAAGCCCAGAGCAAUUGUGUAUGUUGUUCCAACAGACCUCCAUCAGACUCUCCUGUCAACGAUACCUUUUCAAGAGUACUGAUCGUAAACAAACCCUCUUGUUCAAAUCUUCCUUGAAACUGCAUAUUGACAACAUCCAGGACCGUGAAAAAUUCUGUUCUGAAGGUGUCUGCUUUGGAAAUAAGUACAUGUGCUAAACCCUGACCAGACAGGCGUUUCGGAGGAUUUUGAGCAUGGGGCAUUUCAAUUGGAGACAGAUUUAGGGAGUUUAACAUUCUGUUGCUUUGUUGUAAACACUUUGGAAUGCAUCCCCGGUCCUCUUUUUUGCAAUUGUGUCCUUCACACAGUUGACAUUUGCUAGCAUUCUGUCUACUGUCUGACUUCGGCUCUGAAGAGAAGCAUUGAGACACUCCAGCUCUUGUUGCUUUUAUGGCAAGUGAAAGCCCAAGCAAAACAUUGCCUUUUUUAAAUCUAUCAAGCAAACCAUUUGCAAGCUGACUCAAUGACCCCAUGCCGUUUUCUCUAUAGCAAGUAACAUCGGCUGAUACUGGUUUAGGACGGCACGAAUGGCACAGGUGCGCACUGUCCACCUUGUAGGACACAAAGGUCUGAUGGCUUUGACGGAUCCACUCUUUGAAAUAUCCUGGAAAACUGACUUUUCCCAGAUUGGCCAAGCAACACUCCCACUUCAUAAACCCACUGCAAAGAGUCAUGGAUAACAGGAAUUAAAUUCACACAGCGCAGACCACAGUCGACAUAAAAUGCAAGUGGCUGACUCUCUUUUGAUGAUGGCCUGUGCCCCUUUCCUGUCAUGUUCGCAGCACCAUCAUAAGCCUGCCCUCUCAGCCCAGUGAUGGAUAAGUUAUGACAGAAAUACAUCCUUCAGAACCUUUGCCAGGUUCUCUCCUGUUGUCACAGACACUUCGUACAGGCCAACAAAUUCCUCAUGGACCAUUAGAUCAUGAUCAACAUAUCUUAGAUGGAUUCCUGAUAAAUAUAAUCAGUUUUGAGAGAACCAUUUGCUUGGGAGCCUUUGUUGGCAUAAUUGAUGUCCUUCAUGCAGAGUGCAUACCUGGAAUAACCUUCCUUGUCUAGGUUUUUAAUAAAGUGAGACGGGGAGAAAG